GGUAAGGGGUCCGGGGACCAUGCGUGGUGUCCGUCCCUAUUCCCACGUUGGCGGUCUCAGCUAGCGAAACCUCGGCUCCUGCCCGGCCCAGCUAACGGAUGAUGGGGACUCUGAGCGCCCGACGCGGCCUGGAGUGGCUGCUGGGCCUCUACUUCCUCUCCCACGUUCCCAUCACCCUGCUCUUGGACCUGCAGACGGUGCUGCCGCGCGAACUCUACCCGGUCGAGUUGCGAAACCUGCUGACGUGGUAUGCCAAGGAGUUCAAAGACCCUCUGCUACAAAACCCCCCACCAUGGUUUAAAUCCUUCCUGUUCUGCGAGCUUGUGUUUCAGCUGCCUUUCUUUCCCAUUGCAACAUAUGCCUUCUUCAAAGGAGGCUGCAAGUGGAUCCGCAUCCCCGCAAUCGUCUACUCGGUUCACACCGUGACAACUCUAAUUCCAAUUCUCUCCACAUUUCUAUUUGAGGAUUUCUCCAAAGCCAAUGGUUUCAAAGCACAAGGACCUAAGACUUUCCAAGAACGACUAACCCUCGUAUCUAUCUAUGCCCCCUACUUUCUCAUCCCUCUUAUGCUUCUGCUUUUCAUGUUGCGGAGCCCCUACUACAAGUAUGAAGAGAAAAGAAAGAAAAAAUGAGAGAAAUAACCAUUGUCCCAGGGGGAGAGAUGCCCAGAAGGCGGUUUCCUAUUGGACCUAGUACAAGGAAAACUGCUCAGAACCCAUUUGAAACACACAGCAGCAACACACAAGAGCAAGGCACUGGCAGGAGCCCCACCAAACUGUCACCUUCCAAGGGCACCAACAGACCGAUCACCUGAGGACGGGCUGAGGGAUACGGGCUAGAUUAUAGGGAAGUGGUGCCAAAUACCUCACAGUGCGCCCCACUGCAGUUCCAUUGCAGGAUUACUGAAAGCAAGAGUAGAAACUGGACAAACUUCCAACAAACAUGGCCUGCUUGGCAUGAUCCUGAGUCAUUUGACCCACAAUAUACAUGUGACUAACCCCUCGACUCAUGAUUAUAGCAGAUCACUAAUCAGCAAAAUGAAUAGUGGGAUGUUUUAGGCCAUUUUAAAGUUUGAAAUUAUGCCUCUUUAGUAGUCAUUAAAAACUAUCAUGUUUUCUUGGCCCCACCCCAGGGAAGGGGCAGGGGAAUAUUCUGUAAGAGGUUUAAACUUAGUUUUCCUUAAGGUUUGGCCCUGGCAUAAGUAUCAGCCAGAAACAGGAAACUGGAAGGUGUUUUGUUUCUGUCUUAAACAGCUCGUCCCAGUAGAAGAGAUUUUUUUAGUCUCCUUAUUUAUCCUCUUUCCAAACCUUAGUGUUCUAUAUUUUUACAGACCAUUUGAUAGAAGUUGCUUUACUCAGAAGUCUGGUGUCUCAAACCUGAUCUGGAAGUGUGCUUCCUACUGGAUAACUUCAACCUUCCUGUCUUAGUCGAAGUGGGGGGACAGCUGGUUAUGACAUCCAAUGUGUGCAUCACAUAGGGUCUCUUCACAUUAGCAUUUGGUGUUCCAUUAGCUUUCUCUAAAUUCAUACACAAGGCCAACUCAAAAAAAGAAAGAAAUUUGUGAAUACACAUGGAAAAUAGUAGCAACUGGUCCCAGUUAGUUCCCCCCUUUUUGCCUGUUCUGCUCAGAAGCUGUAUUGUUCUGUGGGGAGUAUCAUCUGACUCAUGUGUCUGGUCCAAAUAAAGGUAGCUGCUGACCACUGCCUGGUUUGUUUUGUGGACUAGAGGCUAGCGAGUCCAAGGUUCUUUUACAAGGGGUUAAGCGUACACUUUAAGGGCACCGGGAAGAAACAGAUAAGCCAUUUGAAAACAAUAAUUUAUUGCUUUUUCUUCCAAAGCUUUGUGAAUUUUUACAAAAAAAAAAAAGGGAUCAAAGUUUACAGACUGCUCGGUUUAGACUAAAUUGCAAGAGGUGAGACCCUCGGCCACUGAGGUCACUGGGUGUUCA